AUGCGAAUUUUCUGGCAUUUCAGUCUUCUUUCCAUUGGUGGACUGGUCGCCAGCCAAAGGGUCGAUCUCAGCAAUUGCCCUUUGCUGGGACCAGCCUACCCUCUUCCAGACCUCCAUAAGUCACAGGUGAUCAAAGAUACCAAGGAGUCAUUCGCCAAACUCAUCAAUGAUGCGAUCUCAACCGGCGAAACCGAAUUGGGCAAGAUAAACACCGCCACUGCGUCGUUUUCAAUUGGUGUGUUCUCUGCAAACUCUGAUGACUUCCUCUAUGAGUAUCAUCGUCAGGGAACCGAGCUCAACGGGACGGUAACUGGGGGCUCAUUGGACUCGGACACGCUGUAUCGCAUCGGAAGCGUCACGAAGCUAUUGACUGUGUACACUAUUCUCAUCAAGCUGGGCCCCACGUACUGGAACGAGCCGAUCACCAAGUUCAUCCCGGAGCUUGCUGACGCACCGGCAGGGCACCGGGCGCAUCGGACGCAAUGGUCUGAGGUGACUUUGGGAGGUUUGGCCAGCCAUAUGAGUGGUAUCGCACGUAACAAUCACUUCGUCGACCUAUCUGGUAUGCCUGGUAUCAAGGACAUGGGACUCCCUUACCUGAACGAGUCCGACAUCAUCAAGUGCGGUCUGCCGGAGAUGCGACCUUGUACCAGAGAAGAAGUCCUCAAUUCAUUGCUGGAGCAGUAUCCCGCUACGGCAACCUGGCACACCCCAGUGUACAGCAACGAGGCCUUCCAGCUCAUCGGGUGGGCAUUUGAGAACAUCACAGGCGGCUCCGUAGGAGAUGCCUUCAAGACCAGUGUUGCAGAGCCUUUGGGUUUGUCUCGAACAUUUUGGGAUCCGCCCAAAGACGACCCAAACGCCAACAUUGUUGAUCUCGCCCCGUCCGCGAUCAAGUCGUUGAUAGGCUAUCCUUUUCAAGAGGGAAUAGCCUCAUAUACCCCGACCGGCGGCGUAUAUUCUUCCUUGGGCGACCUUUCCGCCAUCGGCCGCUCCAUCCUCGCAUCGUCCAUCCUACCCCAAGCAACAACCCGCGAAUGGCUUCGACCGGUAACGCAUACCCAGCACACCCACAGUGCCGUCGGAAGACCGUGGGAAAUCACUCGGAUGGACGUCGCCGCAGUUCCCGGCUCAAAGCACACUCGGCUCGUGGAUCUGUACACCAAGAACGGCGGCAUCGGGGCCUACUUGACCUACCUCAUCCUCUCGCCCGACCACAACAUCGGCUUCACGCUCUUGGUGGCUUCUGAGACCGCCUACGGCGAUGGCAUACCCGAUUCUACGUUCGACGUCCUCAGCGAGUUGCUCUUGGAGAAGUGGAUCCCCGCUGCCGAGGCCGCGGGCCGGGAGGCGGCGGGUGAGGACCUUGCUGGCACUUAUGUGGCCGACGACGGAUCGGACUCCCGGGCCGAGUUGUCGCUCGUCUCCGGAAGAUUUGGCCUCACACUUAAGAAACUAGUGCUCAAUGGCACGGACUUCUUUUCAGAGGUGGGCAAGAAACUUGGUUUUCAGGGCGCCGAUCUACAGUUCGUAGGACUUCAAGAUCAGGGUGAAGUCGCGUUCCGAGCCGUGUUCUCGAAUCCUGAUGCGGCGCCGUCGGGUCGGGAGCCCAUACUGGGAAAGAAGUGCGGAUCGACAUGGGGAGGUGCUGGAUCGCUUACAUAUGGCAACAUUGCUAUAGAUGAGGUUGUUUUCACUGUGGGUGGUGACGGGAAGGCAACCAGUGUAAACUUCCCGGCACUGCGCGUGAAGUUCAUAAAGGAAUCGAGCAAGACAUCGGUCAGAGUGGAAGAGAAUAUUGUCUUUGAAGAAUUAUGA